ACUCACCAGGUUUUUUAUUAAAAAAAAGACAGAGAAGAUAAAAGGACAGAAGCAAAAAGAGACAGAUCUAUCACUCUAAUUACUGACUUGAGUGAGAGAGGGAUUCGAGCUGAGAAUAGAAGAACAAUUCUUUCGAAGUUAUUGGGUCCCUUUCCUCGUUCGCGAAUCUCUGUCAUCUCUGAGGGUUCAUCAAUGGAACCGCCAGUCAUAAUCGGUGCGCUAAUAUUAGAUGUUCACGCUAAGCCAUCAACCGCACCGAUCUCAGGAACCACCGUCCCUGGCCAGGUGUUGUUUACGCCGGGCGGUGUAGCAAGAAAUGUAGCUGAUUGCAUCUUCAAACUUGGAAUUAAAUCUUUCAUGAUCGGUACUUUGGGCCUUGAUGGUCCAGCCAAUGUACUAUUGAAAGAGUGGAAGCUCUCCACUGAAGGAAUCUUGAGACGUGAAGACAUCAGUACUCCCAUUGUCUCCCUUGUAUAUGAUACGAAUGGAGAAGUUUCGGCUGGUGUUGCUGGUGUCGAUGCAGUUGAAAAGUUUCUGACACCUGCGUGGAUCCAGCGGUUUGUAAACAACAUAAGCUCAGCGCCUGUUCUAAUGCUAGAUGCAAAUCUUAGCACUCUUGCUUUGGAAGCAUCUUGUAAAUUGGCUGCAGAGUUCAAUGUUCCUGUAUGGUUUGAGCCUGUGUCAGUCACAAAGUCUCGGAGAAUCGCCUCAAUUGCCAAGUAUAUGACGAUAGUGUCCCCAAACCAAGACGAACUCAUAGCAAUGGCCAACGCUCUCUGUGCCAAGAAUUUGUUCCACCCCUACAAAUCAGAACUGUCCAUCGAAGGCAUACUCCACGCGCUAAAGCCAGCCAUUUUGAUGCUUCUUGAAACUGGUAUUAAAGUAGUUAUUGUAACCCUUGGAUCCAAUGGAGCUCUCCUUUGCUGCAAGGGGAACCCCAAAAAGGCUCUGAACAUAAACCGGAAGUUCCCUCUAAGUGGAGAGAUUUUCAAACGUAUACAUUCUGUAUGUUCACCAGACCGGUUUUCUGAACUUGAAUCGUAUCGCAGCUCGAGUCUUUUCGCAAUGCAUUUCCCAACCAUACCAGCCAAAGUCAAGAAGCUGACUGGUGCAGGUGAUUGUCUGGUAGGUGGCACAGUCGCAUCACUAAGCGAUGGGUUAGAUAUAAUCCAGAGUUUAGCUGUUGGCAUUGCUUCUGCUAAAGCAGCAGUUGAGUCAGACGACAAUGUGCCUCCUGAGUUCAAGUUGGAUCUUGUUUCCGAGGAUGCAGAGUUGGUGUACAAUGGGGCGAAGAUGUUGAUGGUUCAUCAGUCGAUGCUAUGAAGGGAUGAUCUCGUUGUUUCUUUUGUUAAAGCUGUCAUUGGCCUUACUAAUUGUUUUAUUUUAUGUAACAAUAUAAAAUUUUCUUUUUAAUUUCUAUAAUUAUUGCUGACAAAAGUAGUUUAGUGGUUUAUUAAAAGCCUACAACUAUCAAAUAAAGUAUUUGCUCGCAGAA